CUUCUCUUGGGCUGUUUUCAUUAUAUCCUGACUCAUCCCUCAGAACAUGGUCAAGACAUAUCUUGUAAGAACAAUACCCAUUCUACAGAAUGGACACAAAUGGCACCAGAGAACGCAUGACACUAUCUGAUCAGCUGGAAAAAUAUUACCUUACCACCCUGUACUCUCUUGAAUUCAUCUUUGGCUUCUCUGGAAACGUUGUUGUUGGUUUGGGUUCCCUUUUCUACUGGAAGACCUGGAAAAGUGGCAACAUCUACCUGAUCAACUUAAUCCUGUCAGAUUUAUCUUUCCUUUGCACGCUCCCAUGGCUAGUGUCAAGUUAUUCCAAAGGAACAGAUAACAACAUGUGGUGCCAAUUUAACAGAAUUAUCCUGUUCUUUAAUUUGUACACAAGCAUCCUUUUCCUGACCUUUAUAAGUAUUGACAGGUAUCUGCUCAUAAAGUACCCCUUCAAAAAUCACUUUCUGCAAAAGAAGACCACGGCUGUUGCUUUCUCAGUAGCCAUAUGGAUUUGGAUUAUAUUGGAACUGUCUCCUAUAUACUACUUCACCACCUCUCAGGAUAACAGCAACGGUAGCCAAUGCUUAGAUUAUGCAAGUUCAGGAGAUGCCCUCCCCAGCCUGAUCUACAGCCUGAUCCUGACAGUCACUGGGUUUAUAAUCCCAUUGUGCAUCAUGUGGGCUUUUUACAUAAAGACUCGUGCUGCCCUUAUAAACCACAGUUUGCAGUUCACCACUGCUCUGCCCCUGGAGAAGCCUCUCCUGCUAAUCAUUAUAGCAGUGAGUGUCUUUUCACUUCUCUUUGCUCCCUAUCACAUCAUGCGCAAUGUCCGAAUUGCUUCUCGAGCAUCGUUCUGGAAGCCUUCCAAACGCACAGAGGAGCUGAUUAAAGCUGUUUACACGAUAACAAGGCCUAUUGCCUUCUUGAGUAGUGUAAUUAAUCCCUUCUUUUAUUUCUUAAUGGGAGAUCACUUCAGGGAGACGCUCGUGAUCAAUGUAAGGUAUUUCUUAAAAAGAAUUCUACCUUGCUAUAAAUGAAGUUUCAGUGAAGCCUUUGGACAGAUAUGGAACAAGUCAAAUUGCUAGUUUAUGGGAUAUAAGAUACAAUUUUUACUAAGAAUUUGACAAUUGUCCAAGAACUUGUACUCAAGUAGAUUCUAAAUGUGGACAUCAAAUCCUGCUGUUUUCUUUAAGCAUUUCAUCCAAGCUUGAAGAACUAUGGCACAUGUUUGGAUCUUGUUAGGUGGAUAAAAGCCCAAACAGUAUCUGAAGCUUAAAGUGACUUUCAUCAGUUUUGUGUGAUGGAUCAGCAACUUCCUUUUUCAGAAUGACAUGCACUUGAAUUCCAUUCAAGCUGGACUAUUGUGGUAUGUUGUAUUGCAUGUGGGCUCCCUCUGAAAAGAAAGUUAAAUUCGUGCAUAAUAUGACUUCCAGAGUUAACUAGAAUGGUGACAUUUUAAAAAUUCCUCACCCAAGGAGAUUGGGUGGGCAAUUUCUCUGAAUUCCUGCAUUGGAGAAAGAACUAAUCCAAUAAUUCUCAAGGAACAUCAGCCCAACUACUAAAAUAUCCCAACUGGCUAAGUUCUCAUAAGAUGUUUUAGGUUGGGAUUUAACAGAAUCAUAAGUGGGAGAUUGCUGAUUGCUAAAGAGAGGUUUGUAUGAUGAAAACCAGGAUACCCAUUUCAAGUAUUUUAAAU